GGCCGGCUGCCCUCAGCCCGGGAGAUUGCGACAGGCUGUGUUUUGCCUGCUGCUGCUGUCGGUGGGCGGGGGGAAUGGAGAGAGCAGCCAGACAGGAAGCCGGCACAAACGCACUGCUCCCGAACAAACAGCGUUUUAAAAGAGACCCUGCACACCGGGGGCAGCUGGACAUCGCUCGGCUGCCGGCAGACAAAGAGCUCAGUCUUCGGCGCUCAAACAACGUACCUUUGAAACACAACGGCGCCCAGCCGCUGAGAUCCCGCCAAGGCACAAAAGAUAACACGUGCAGGCUCUUGAUUGAAAGGGGGUUUGCAAAAAUACCACGACGUGGCAAUUACUUUUUUUUCCCCUCUCUCUCGUUGAACUUCAGGUGGAAUCAGUUCGAAACAGCAAAAAAAAAGUGCUGCUGUUGAAAGAUGUUAGAGCUAGACUGAGGGAAGGAGAGGGGGAGAUUGUCAGCAGCCCGAGCAGGUGGUGGGGGUUUAGCCGAGGCAGCCAUGCGGAAUAACAGUGAGCUGAAGUUGUCCCAGAUCCUCUCGCUGUUAACUUUCGUAGCCGGAGUGAACGUCUGUCAAGGAGUUAGUUUGCGUCGCUUGCAAAGAUCAGGAGACUCGAGCAACCGUGAAGUUCUUUCAGAUUCAGCCCGAGCUAAUGCUGCUGGCUCAUGCAGGGGGAGAUGCUUUGAACUGCAAGAGGCAACCCCACCCAACUGUCGUUGUGACAAUUUGUGCAAAAGUUAUAACAGCUGCUGUUUAGAUUUUGAUCAACUUUGUUUGAAGACAGGUUACAAUUACCCAUCACGUUUUCGAAAAAGAGGGCAGGAAGGUCAUGGAUGGGAGUGCAGCAAAGAACGCUGUGGGGAAGCCAGAAAUGAAGAUUAUGCCUGUCAGUGCUCUGAAGACUGCAUGAGUAGAGGAGAUUGCUGCACCAAUUAUAAAGUUACAUGCAAAGGUGAGAUACGUUGGGUCAAUGAAGAUUGUGAAGAUUUGAAAACACUGGAUUGUCCAGCAGGCUUUGUUCGUCCCCCACUGAUCAUUUUCUCUGUGGAUGGCUUUCGUGCUUCGUAUAUGAAGAAAGGCAGCAAGGUCAUGCCCAACAUUGAGAAACUGAGAUCUUGUGGAACUCAUGCCCCCUACAUGAGGCCAGUUUAUCCAACAAAAACCUUCCCCAAUAUGUAUACUCUUGCUACUGGACUUUAUCCUGAAUCACACGGAAUUGUUGGAAACUUAAUGUAUGACCCUGUGUUUGAUGCCAACUUCAGCCUUCGGAGCAGAGAAAAAUUCAAUCCUCGAUGGUGGGGAGGACAGCCAAUCUGGGUAACAACUGAAAAUCAAGGAGUAAAGCCUGGUACCUUUUUCUGGCCUGUUGUUAUUCCCCACGAGCAACGGAUAUUUACAAUACUUCAAUGGCUGAAUUUACCAGACAACCAAAGGCCCUACGUUUAUGCCUUCUAUUCGGAGCAGCCAGAUGCUGUCGGACACAAGUACGGACCAUUUAGCACAGAGGUGACUGAAAAUCUUCGGCACAUUGACAGAAUUGUCGGGCAGCUAAUGGAUGGUCUCAAACAGAAGAACCUUCACCGCUGUGUUAACAUCAUCUUUCUUGGCGAUCACGGAAUGGAAGAUGCUAGCUGUGACAAGACGGAAUAUUUGAGCAACUAUCUGUCCAAUGUCGAUGACAUAAUUUUGUUCCCUGGAUCUCUGGGACGUAUUCGACCCAGAUACAGUAACAAUGCCAGAUAUGAUCCAAAAGCAUUGGUAGCUAACCUUACUUGCAGAAGACCUGACCAGCACUUUAAACCCUACCUGAAGAUGAACCUCCCAAAGCGUUUGCAUUAUGCAAACAACAGAAGAAUUGAAGAUAUUCAUCUGAUGGUUGAAAGGAAGUGGCUGGUUGCAAGACGGCCAAUAGAGGGAACGAGAAAACCCUCUGGAAAAUGUACCUUCCAAGGUGACCAUGGCUAUGACAAUAAAAUCACCAGCAUGCAGACUGUUUUUAUCGGAUAUGGGCCAAGUUUCAAGUUUAAGACAAAAGUGCCACCUUUUGAAAAUAUUGAACUAUAUAACGUUAUGUGUGAUCUUCUUGGACUGAAGCCAGCUCCUAACAAUGGUACCCACGGCAGCUUGAACCAUCUAUUGAGAAGCCCGCCAUUUAGACCGUCCAUACCGGAUGAAGUGGCUAAACCAUCUCAUAUUGUUGUUGCUCCAGCAGUUCAGGAUGAUCUGGGUUGCACGUGUGAUGAGAGGAAUAAAGGAGAAGAGCUGAAUAAGCGCCUGCAGCACAGGGUAACAGAAGAAAACAAGCAUCUACCGUAUGGUCGUCCUGCUAUUCUUUAUCGUACCAAGUACUACAUCUUACAUCAUCAAGGUUAUACCAGUGGUUAUAGUGAAACAUUCUCGAUGCCUCUCUGGACUUCAUACACCAUCCCCAAACAGGUGGAACUCUUUAACCUUCCGGACUUUCUGAAUAACUGUGUGAGACCUGACAUUCGCAUCUCCGCCAGUCACAGUCAAAGCUGUUCGGCUUACAGAGCAGACAGACAAAUUUCAUAUGGGUUUCUUUAUCCUCCCACUCUUGGAUCCUCCCUUGAUGCUAAGUAUGACGCCCUCCUAACUUCAAACAUAGUUCCCAUGUAUCCAGCGUUUAAAAAAGUGUGGAACCAUUUUCACAAGGUGGUACUGAAGCGACUAGCAACGGAACGGAAUGGAAUUAAUGUUCUCAGUGGACCUGUCUUCGAUUAUGAUUACGAUGGUCUUUAUGAUACAGUGGAUAAAAUUAAACGGCAAGUCGAUGCAUCCAUUCCUGUUCCGACACAUUACUACAGUGUUAUCACCAGCUGCCUGGAUAGCAGUCAGGCUGUGGAUAAGUGUGGCGGGCCACUCACUGCGUCAUCGUUCAUUCUGCCCCACCGACCUGACAAUGAUGAGAGCUGCAACAGUAAUGAUGAGGAUCCAAAGUGGAUUGAAGAUCUCAUGAAGUUGCACACAGCACGUGUGCGCGACAUCGAGAACCUGACUGGUUUGGACUUGUACCGCAAGACCAGCAGACCCUACCCCGAAAUCCUCUCUUUAAAGACAUUCUUACAGACGUUCGAAAGUGAAAUCUAAAAGCUCUUUAUUUGUCUUGCAAUACAUCUUUUAUUUACAGGUGUAUAUUUUUGAUACUGUUUGUUUUUGUAUUUAUUAAUUCAAAACCAGAAUAUUUUAAAAGCGGUUUCUUUAAAGCUUUUAAAAUAACACGCAUGUGCCUUUACCUCCUUCCUUCUCAAUAUUUAGUGAUUUGAGUGCUGUUUGUGUUGUACUAUUGCAAUGUCUGUCUUUGCCUAAUAUUAGGACUAGUCUGCAGUGAUUUAUAAACUUACAUUGAACAAAAUUCCAAGAUUAUUCAAUUCAUUGUUCUAUAAUUCAGUCUUGCGUAUCAGAGGUGUGAUAUGUAAAGCUAUAUAUACUUCAUUAUUACUGUGGUGUAGACUUGUAUUUAUAAUUUACUUAAGUUCCAAAAGUAUAAUAAAUGGUAACAUUUGUGCUUUGAUUUGGGGGUGGGGGUGGGGGAAAAGAUGAUUUACCUGCUGUAAAAUGUACUAAAUACAAAA